AUGAUGUCAUUGGAGCUGGGACAGGCCCUGGUCCAUGUGCCACUACUGACAAAGGCAGAGGACUCCCCUCUCCCUAAAGCAGCUACUGCCCCUCCAGGGGAACUCACCAGCCCUGAAGCUGCCCGGCAGCUUUUCAGAUGCUUUCAAUACCAGGUGCUGUCUGGGCCCCUCGAGACCCUGAGGCAACUUCGGAAGCUCUGUUUCCAGUGGCUGCAGCCAGAGCUUCACAGCAAAGAGCAGAUCCUAGAGCUCCUCAUGUUGGAGCAGUUCCUGACCAUCCUGCCUGGGGAGAUCCAGAUGUGGGUGCGCACACAGCAUCCCAGCAGUGGAGAGGAGGCUGUGACGCUAGUGGAGAGCUUGAAAGGUGAUCCACAGAGACUGUGGCAGUGGAUCAGCAGCCAGGUUCUGGGACAGGAAAGCUCACCUGAGGAGGUGGAAUCUGCAAGCUGCCAAGUGAAGGAGGCAGAGGCCAGUCUUGAAGUGGUGCCUCAGGAGCUGGGACUUCAGAAUUCCACCUCACAGCCUGAGGAGCAAUUGAGCCACAUCAUCAAAGAGGAAGCUGACACUGAGCUGGGAUUAGAUGAAGUGAUGACUGCUCCCCAGCUUCUUCCCCAACUGGAGGAAAGGCUCAUCAGCGACCAGGACUCAGGAGGCUCACUUCUCCAAGCACCUUCUCAGGAGCAGUGGAAACACCUAGAUACUCCUGAGAAGGAGCAUUACUGGAACCUAAUGCUGGAGAACUAUGGGAAAAUGGUGUCAGGAGGCACUGCCAGUCCCAAACCUGACCCAGCUAAUUCAGCAGAGUAUGGGGAACAGCUGGCAGGACUCUCCCUUGAUGCCACUGAGAAGAUCCCGGCACCCACCUGCAGUGGGGAGUCAGCGUCCAUUGGAGACAGACAAGAGAAUGCCCAAAAGAACCUCAACUUAGAAACCUAUUGCGACCAGGAGCCAUCAGAUGCCCCUUGUCACAUCUCAGGAGACGCCCCUCCUCAGGAUUCUUUGAGUGACUUCUUUGGUGAGGAUGAACAAAGAUGGUUUGGAAGAGUAGAUUAUCUCCCUAAGGCACAGGGACACCUCCAAGUUGAAGAGAAACAGGAGCCACUCUCUUCUCAGGAAAAUGUUUCUGGGAAACAGUUGAACCAUUAUUUGCCUGAUUCUCACCUAAGAGGUCUGUCUGGGCAGUUGCUCAAGCAGAAACAAGAGGCCCCCAAGAAGGACCAGUUGAGACAUCAGACAACCCAGAAGCUCUUCACAUGCAGAGAGUGUGGGAAAACCUUCUCUAGGAAUUCUCAGCUUGUGUUUCACCAGAGAACUCAUACUGCAAAGAUGUAUUUUCAGUGCCACACUUGCAAGAAAGCCUUUCAACAGAAUUCAGACUUUUUAAAGCAUCAGAGAAUCCACACAAGGGAGAAGACUUGCAAUUGUGAGCACUGUGGGAAAGGCUUCAGGGACAUUUCUGGAUUACGUCGCCAUGAGAAAAUCCACACAACAGAGAAAUCAUAUAAAUGUCCUGUCUGUGAAAAGAGUUUCCUACACAGGUCCCAAUUUAAUAGACACCAUCGCGUACACACAGGAGAGAAGCCAUAUAAAUGUCUUCACUGUGAAAAAACUUUUGGCCACAAAUACACCUUAAAUAUGCACAACAGGAUCCACACAGGAGAGAAGCCCUAUAAAUGCCCUCUCUGUGAUAAGAGUUUCACUCAGCUGUCCAGCUUUACUGUCCAUCAUCGUGUCCACACAGGAGAGAAGCCCUAUAAAUGUCCUUUCUGUGAAAAAAGUUUUCGCCACAGAUGCACCUUAAAUAUACAUCAGCGAGUCCACACAGGAGAGAAACCCUAUAAAUGUCCUGUCUGUGAAAAGAGAUUUGGUGACAGGUCCUCCUUAAAUAGACACCAGCAAAUUCACACAGGGGAGAAACCCUAA